AUGCCACUAGACAAAUCCUCCCAAUCCACCGGCAUAACCGGCGCCGCCAAAUUCGUCACCAGCACCGUGGGCAACGUAGCCGGCGGCGUGAGCCGGACAGCGGGGAACGUAGUCGGGGCCGCGGGACGCGGAAUAGGGGACACUGUGACGAGCGCGACGGGGUCCGCGGGCAAGCCCGUAGGCGAUGCACUAGGAUCAGUUGGCACGGGAGUGCAGAACGGGGCUGAGAGCGUGUCAAGGGGGGUUGAGAACGCGGGACAGUGGAAGCGCAAUCUGAAUAGGUCUUGA